GGGCGGGCGGGAGGCGGCUGGAGGGAGUCGGGCCGGCCCGGGUGUGUGCGCCGCCCACGGUCCGGUCACGUCCCCGCGCGGGCGCCGCCGCCCGCGUCGUGCGGAACGAGGGCACCGCGGCCCCGCGCUCGCCGCCGCGCCCCGCCCCGCCCCGCCUGGAGCAGCUUGGCUGAUGCUCGCUGCCGCGGCCCGAAGGUGAAGGGUGGAUGCCUGAGGCGGGGGGGCCCCAGGGAGUGCCCGCAGCUCCAGCACCAGCGGCCAGCCCUCCAGCUGCACUUAGCAGCAUCGCCACGGCAACCGGCGCCCAGACAGCUCCCCACCAUCGGGCGGACACGGACGGGGGAAUGACCUCGGCGACCUGGGCCCGGAGGCAGCCCCGGGAGGUGGCGUGUCACUAGAGGGAGGGCCAGGCCACCUCCCACGGCACACGCACACACCAUGCCCGCUGGAGAAGAGGGGCUGGGGCAGGGGCCACGGCCGGGCGCAGCCUCCCCCUCGCACCCACGCUGAGCACUCCGAGGGCCCCGGGGCUCCCUCCGCCCGGUGUGUCUCGGCCUUCCCGUCCCCCUGCUCUGCCUCUGCGCUCGCAGCUGCCGGACCAUGGGAUGUCGGCAAAGUUCAGAAGAGAAAGAGGCAGCGCGGCGGUCCCGGAGAAUCGACCGCCACCUGCGCUCCGAGAGCCAGCGGCAGCGCCGGGAAAUCAAGCUGCUCCUGCUGGGCACCAGCAACUCGGGCAAGAGCACCAUCGUGAAGCAGAUGAAGAUCAUCCAUAGCGGCGGCUUCAACCUGGAGGCCUGCAAGGAGUACCGGCCCCUCAUCAUCUACAACGCCAUCGACUCGCUGACCCGCAUCAUCCGCGCCCUGACCGCCCUCAAGAUCGACUUCCACAACCCGGACCGUGCCUACGACGCCGUGCAGCUCUUCGCGCUGACCGGCCCCGCCGAGAGCAAGGGGGAGAUCACGCCCGAGCUGCUGGGCGUCAUGCGGCGCCUGUGGGCCGACCCCGGGGCGCAGGCCUGCUUUGGCCGCUCCAGCGAGUACCACCUGGAGGACAACGCCGCCUACUACCUGAACGACCUGGAGCGCAUCGCCGCGCCCGACUACAUCCCCACCGUGGAGGACAUCCUGCGCUCCCGGGACAUGACCACGGGCAUCGUGGAGAACAAGUUCACCUUCAAGGAGCUCACUUUCAAGAUGGUGGACGUAGGCGGCCAGAGGUCCGAGCGCAAAAAGUGGAUCCACUGCUUCGAGGGCGUCACGGCCAUCAUCUUCUGUGUGGAGCUGAGCGGCUAUGACCUGAAGCUUUACGAGGACAACCAAACCAGCCGAAUGGCAGAGAGCCUGCGCCUUUUUGACUCCAUCUGCAACAACAACUGGUUCAUCAACACCUCACUCAUCCUCUUCCUGAACAAGAAGGACCUGCUGGCGGAGAAGAUCCGGCGCAUCCCGCUCACGGUCUGCUUCCCCGAGUACAAGGGCCAGAACACCUACGAGGAGGCCGCCGUCUACAUCCAGCGGCAGUUUGAGGACCUGAACCGCAACAAGGAGACCAAGGAGAUCUACUCGCACUUCACCUGCGCCACCGACACCAGUAACAUCCAGUUCGUCUUUGAUGCGGUGACAGACGUCAUCAUACAGAACAAUCUCAAAUACAUCGGCCUUUGCUGAAGGAGCAAAGCUAACCCAGUUGCCUGUGGUGAAACCCACGUGAUAUCACACCCCACUUCUGGUAGGGAGACACAGCCCAGGGGCAGAAAAUAGGGGGCCCGAAGAAAGCCUCCCCUCCCCUGCUCUGCCACCUCCUUGACCCCAUGUUUCUGCAAACAAAUAUAUAUGGAUAGAUUGCUAGAUAGGUAUGCACGCGCACGCGUGCACACGCGCACAUACACACACACACAUGCACACCACACAGACACACACACAGACACACACACACACACACGACAGCAAAGUUCCCCAAAGCGUUGAGGUGUCUUGAAGACUUGAGGAUCAGUCAUCAAGUUCACUACUAGCCCUUCUUUACCAGUCACUUUGCCUUCCUGACUCGGCCCCAGGCUGCCAGGUGUUCCCUGGAGGACAGACGGAAGGGCAGCUGCGCCCAGACCUGGGUCCCCGGGAGAAGGCCAGUGGUGCCUGACUCCAGACAGGACGCCUUGCCAGUGGCCGGGAGGAAGGAGCAGGCUCCGUGACCCUGCACUCCUGGCCCCACCCCCCCUCGGCCUCCUCUGAACCGUGCCCACCCUGGAACCUGGAACCUGGGUGCGUGGCCAGGGGACAGGACGGGCCCGACCCAUCGCCACUCGCAGCUCUUUUGAAACAGCUUCAGAAUAUGCAGCAAGAAUCCACCCGAUAACACGAGUGGCACGGUUUGUUUCCAGCGAGGCCAGCUGGACUCCAGCUUUCUUCUACUAGUCUGAUGUUUUAUAAACCCAAACCUGGUUUUUCUUCUCUGCCAUCCAUUUUUUUUGGCCAAACCUUGUGGUGUUUUGCAGAAAACCAGAAAUAACAGAAAAUUUCCAAUGCAGUGGAGUAUUCCUUUUUUAAAACGCAGAUUUUUUCCAGACAUAUUUUUUUUUCAGGUAGUCUUUUUUCGUGUCUGGCUUGCUGAGUGUCAGAGUUGUUACCCGGACGAGUGUGUCCCUCUGCCCGGCGGGCAGUGUUGUACAUAUGCCCGUGCCGCGUCCUCUUGUUACUGGUGCCAGUUUCUGCUUCGUUUUUCUUUCGGAAAAUAAAUGUGAUAUAUUGGAGGAAGGUCCUUCGCCACGGAGCAAAUGAACAAUAGCGAGGACGUCUCGGUAUUUAAGGAAUAAGUCCACUGUGGCUUUGCAAGUGGAGGAAGGGGCAACGCGAGAGGGGCCCCGUGCCUGAGACCCUGAGUGCGGCUAAGACUCCUGUGAAGGCUCAGCCGGCGUUGUAGCCUGAGGGAGGCCCUGCUGGGACCAAGGCCCUGGGGCACCCAGCCCAGAAGGACGUUGGCAGAGGGCCCCGUGUAAGUCUGAAUUCACUGGCUGCCGAGAGGGCAGGCCCUGUCAGAGCCCUCGCCAAGCCCCCCUCUCGGCCUUUGUUCAGUCCCUGUGGGUCCCAGCCCAAAGUGCAGAGUCACAGCCAAAGGACCUGAAGACAUGUGGAGAGGGAAAGAGGAGCUGUGUGGUCGGAUUAAAGUCAAAGGUUGUCUCCUUUAAGAAAAUAAAAACCCUGAAUGAGCCGA